AUGAUAGCUGUCAGGCUAGAUCCCUUGACGCCUAUCGAGGAAGAGACUCUCCUUGGCUACAAGGCAGAACGGUUUCUGCCCAUCAGGACUGGCCAAGUCUUCAACGAUCGAUAUGAAACCAUUGGUAAAUUGGGUUACGGAUCAGCAUCGACUGUGUGGUUCUGCCGCGAUCUUCUUACAACCAACAAAUAUGCCGCCUUGAAAGUUUAUGUCCACAGCUCGAAGAAACAUCGCGAGCUUGCAAUAUAUGAGCAUAUCAAAGCGCUGUCUUCCGAUCACCAUGGCCGCCACCGCAUCAGGUCACUCCUCGACUCUUUCGAAAUCCAAGGACCUCAUGGCAGACAUAUCUGCCUUGUUCAUGAACCACUUGGGAUCAGCUUCGAAGAAUUGAGAGAUCUCACAGCUGACCGAGUGUUCGAUGAAGACUUGAUACGGCAGACAUUUCGUCCCAUACUGCAAGGUUUCGAGUUCUUACACGAAGAAGCCCAGGUGAUCCAUACAGAUUUCCAACCCAACAACGUGCUUGUAGGCAUUCAUGAUGGCUCAGUUCUUGAUCAAUUCGCGGCAAUGGCAAAUAAAAAUCCUCCCCCGAAAAAAGAGCUCCCAGAUCGUAUAAUCUAUGCCUCCCAACCAAUGCCGUUGACAAAAGGAUUACCGUUCUUGACCGAUUUCAGCGAAGCUCGAUUCGGGAGCUCUAUGCACACUGGCAUCAUCAUGCCGAACGUAUAUCGUGCGCCAGAGGUUAUCUUAGGAAUGGAAUGGAGUUAUCCGGUCGACAUCUGGAGCUUUGCAAUGACUCUCUGGGAUCUUUUCCAACCAGAAAGGCUGUUCACUGCCAAGAGUUGCGAUGGUCAGUACUCUGAGAGCCAUCAUCUUGCUCAGAUGGUGGCAGUUCUAGGUAAUCCCCCUCCUGAAUUUCUUGCGGCUUCCAAACAAUCCAGCAAAUACUGGGACCAGAGCGGUAAUUGGAUACAUGAAGUAGCCAUACCGGCAAUCAGCCUCGAGAGCUGCGAACGACGUCUUUCGGACGAGAACAAGAAGAACUUCCUGACGUUUAUAAGGAAAAUGCUCCGGUGGAAGCCUGAGGAUCGUAGUGGUUGGCACGAUAUAUUCUUUGACGAAUGGCUACUCGCGGACUUGAUCGAAUCUGGCGAGAUAGUCAGGGACGAUUGA